AUGGCAAUACUGUCAUCUCAACCUUCCUGUGAAACUGAGCCUGAUCAAACAUGUCCAUAAACCUCUCCAAACCCCUGUGUUGUCCCCCUCCUACCUUGCAGCUUGCUUCAGGAGAUAGAGCGGUGGCUUCCGAUGCCGCACUCCUACAUCCACUCUACAGUCUACUCCUAUGGCCCAAUGCGUUCACAUGCUGUUGCCAUGACAAUUGGAAGUGGGCUGCUGCUUGCUCUGAGUUCGUCGGAUGUUGAGAGAGGGAGAGAGGGAGAGAGAGAAAGACAGACAGAGGAGAACAGAGGACGGACGUCAACAUUGUUUUCUGAUGGUGUGUGGAGCACAUUUGCCUCUAAGGGACAAGAAGGGUAUUGAACAGUUUCAAAGAGGCUGGGACAUCAAAAUAGUUCAGUUGACUCAAGAAAGCUGCAGCAUGACAAGAAUUGACAUAACAGACUGAACAUGACUUGAUAUUCCUGGAAUGCCUUGGAUGGUUUACACUGAGGAGUAUAGAUGCUGUAUGUCCAUUUCUACUUUACAACCGUGCACUGUACAGUACUGUAUUUGCAAGUCAUUCACAGCUGUUUUGCUAAAUUGACUUUGCCAGAUGGAGGUGUUCAACUCCAUCAUCUUUUGAUGUAAAUAAAAGCAUGAACGCUUGAGACACUUAAACAUCAACUUACAAUCACCUCAAUGUUUUUUUUAUCUCAAUGGGUGUGUUCACAAGAUCAUGUCAUGAGUGGCUGCUCGCUCAGGAACAUCCCUUCAGAUGCUUUAGAAAGAUAAACCAUGUUUAUGUUUAACAAUCAACAAGCGUCAUGCCACACAGUCAAAUUAAACUAAAUUACUGAUGCAUGAUGUAGCAGGUGUUGACAGUAACAACUAAGGUGAAAGACGACAGAGCUGAGAAAGAUAAACUGGGUCCGAUCUCUUCUGCUAAUUGACAGUCCACCCUUUUUUUUUAAACUAUUGUUGUGACGGCUGGAAACAUCUUCUGCACAUAAUGUGGAUGGAGGUUUUUCUGCUAACUUAACAGUUCAACACAUACAUCGCCUAUCUAGUCUGACGACUCACACAAAAUUCUUCAGCUGCUCUUUCGUUUUUCAUUGCGGAGUGUGACGUUUGAGCAAGGAGUCUGGGUAGCCAGACUCUGUCAUACACAUAUGAAAACAGCAUUGUGAGGCCUGCAUGACUUUGGUGGGAAUACUGGGUUUAUGACUUGCUAAUCAUUGCAAGAAAAGUAGACACAUUACAAUACAACAGACAAUUCAUGCACUCAAACCUUACCGAGACAGCUUUUGCUGUGCCAAUUGUUUCUUGAUCAGAGUCAAUGUGAAUCCUUCAAAUUAAAAGGCUGUGGUUUAUUCAAGCAAGCUUUGCUUCUUUCCCAAGAGUAAACUUAGAUGGUGCAUGAAAAUUCAAUUUCUUCCUUUUUAAUACCAUGCCGAUAUGGCCUAAUAAAUUAUAUUUCAGUGCACUGAAUCUUUAUUGAUUUACUGCAUUACAUUAAGAAAAGUAAAACUAGCAGAGGAAUCAUUGUACUUUUGAAAUACUUGAACUUGCUACUGGUCAUCUUCAUGCCAUGACCCUUAACUGAUCUUAUAGAGCUCAAAACUGAGAGUUUAUUGAAUGGCCAUCAAUUCACCAUUCCAUACUGAUGUUAUCCAUUGAACCCUGUAAACCUGGUAGCACAAGCCUUUAUAUUAUAGAAACCAAAUCACAUACCUUUUUUCCCUGCAGGGAAGGAGCUCACAAUCAGCAUCCUCAAGCUGCUGAAUGAGAUGGUGAGUUGUCUCUCUAGGCCUGAAUGUAACCCUCACUCUUGUCACCUAUGUCCCAAUAUGACCCAAUGUUCCUCAAAUGUAACUUCUAAAGGAGCCCCUCCCUUAGAACACAGGAAGUGGCCGUGUACCAGGCGUUGUGACAGGAAACCAGAGGCGUGGGGUGAUCAGGGUCAAGGGUUCAGUGAAGGGUGAGAACCAUAUAAUGUACACCACACACCUUGCUUCCUUACAUGCGGAUAUCAUGCUCACACACCCUCCUGGGGAUUCCUGAAGUUGAUUGUACUUCUUACGGUGAUGAUGGGGAUAUGUGGAGGGUGUAAAACUUACUGGUUAUCAAUGUUCCCUCGGCACUGAGCAAAUUUCAGGUCUGCUGAGUGCAAACUUGAACGUUGUGAAAAUUCUGUGCAACUUCCGGCGCGUGUUUACUGUGUACACUGAGGCUGUACCCGCUUUAAGUUACAGUUUUAACAGUGGCCAAGUAGGCUACUGUGGCUAUUUGGUCAUAAUGUAGGCCUACCAGAGUGGCCUACCAGAGUGGCCUACCAUCUAAAACAAUGGAGGAUAUGCAUCCCAUAACAAUUUAACGUGGAAAUAACUGUUCUAUCAUUUAGCCUACAGUAGCAGUCAAUGUGUGGUGUUCAAUGUAGGCCUACAUUCCAUGAGACCUUUGAAAAAAACAUGCAGGGCUUGACAUUAACCUGUUUAUCCACUUGUCCUACAGACAAGGAGGUGUCUGGAAAUGUUGUGUUUGAUGCAAGAAAUCCCUUUACAAAAUAACAUUCAUUAUUAUUCCCAUAGCAUUAUUACAGAGAAUCAGACAAAUUACGCAACCUUCUGCCUAUUGUAUACUUAGCUUAUUCAAGACAGUCUCAAAAUACAACACUUCCCUUUUAAGACAUUAAAAAAUGCUCUUUACUUGACUUGCUUUUCAAAGAUGGCUAGAAAUGCACACAUUUUGUGCUCUUGUUGGAAACAAACACUCACCCACUGUUGACUAGAACUUAGCUAUAACUGGGCUAAUAACUCACUAACUAGCAAAGAAUAUGAACAAAUGUGCACGUGGCAACAUGCAGUUCUCACUUUGAUCUCAAGACAAGCGCAUCUACUUGCGACCGCUGUAGCCUAAACACAGUCCAGUUCAAAGUAAAUGGCACAGAUCCAUACAGUAUAUGGCAAUGGCUAUUUGCAUAUAGGCCUACUGCAGCUCUGAUUGGUUAUGGCGCACCUGCCUGUGUAGAGUAUGGGCCUGAGUCGUGCCUGUCAAUGCAAUAGAAUCCUACUUCAAUGUGCUCUUUCACAGUUAGUUCUGCAUACUAAAUCUUGCAUAGUUCGUUUUGUUUCGGUAUAUUACAUUGAAAGUGGUUAAUACUGCGUUGAUUCGAUCACAAUUCCCAACAUAAGGGGAAAUGUCAAUUUGUUUUUGACAGGCAUGUCAACAAGUUUAAGUCCUUUUUAACCAGCUAUCGAGUUACUCUGUAAUCACCAAUGUUGGGGUCAAACUUUUUGGGGUCGAAAGAUUUCAGCUGCCUUACUAAUCACUAUUUUGACGGCUAUUUCAUUUCAGUUCCAUGUUGAGGCUAAAGCUUGACAGUGGUUUCAGUAAAUUAUAGCUGACUAAACUCAACUCCAUGGUGAAGGAAGUUUCUGAUGGAGUUGAAUUGUCAGCUAUCUCAAUAUAGACAUAGCAAAAUCUGGAUGUUUUUUUGGCAAACAGGGCCUUUCAAGUAAUAUACUGCCACCUACAGGUUCUAGGAUUACAACAGUUGUCUACCCAUACUGGUAUGCUAAUGAAGGGGGGGGGGGGGGGGGGGCUCUGAAUCACACAUCGAAUAAAGAAUGGAGAGGGAGCACUUGACGUCAUUUGGAGAAUAAUCCACAGGACCAAUAGGAUUGAAACAAGCAAGAGUCAAUGCCAGCGAAUUGCCAACAUCACUAGCGGUGUGUCACCCAAGUCUUAAUGUCCUCCUGUGAGAAACAAAAUAUUUGUUAUUACAAUAACGACAACAACAGAAAAAGAGGGGUGAAGUUAUACAUCGGCGCCUGCGGAUACUGGUUAUAGUCUCCACCUGCGCGCUCCAAGUCUCCAUCUUCCCCGUGAACAGCUGUCAAGGAAUGCGUCUGGGUAGACCUCAACAAGCCAUCGCAACAUCACUUGACUGACUGAUAGUGACAGGCAUGGAUGCUCUGGUUAGUGAUCAGCUUAUAUAUCUACAUAUUAUGUGAUGUCCGUGUUUAGAGUACAGAGAAAUUAUAGACUAGAGAACCACUUUCUCACAGAAAUGUCAUGAUUUGUUUUUUGACCUUAGAAUUCCUUUAUAACCACGCGAGAGGGUACAAAUAGUCUACAUGUGUGGAACAACCCAUAUCUAAUGAUUGAGCAUCCUAUUACUAAUCGAAAUGACAUAGAUCUAAAAUUAGAUCAAAGACAACCCAUUCAUUUCCAUGUUUAUCCUUUCAUAAAAUUUCUGCUCAAACAGCCAAUGCGUGAUGUCAAUACUCCCUACAGAGGGGCUCUCAUUUCAAUUUAACUCUUUGCUCUAUAUGUUGAGGGUCAACGGAGGAAAUCGUAAGUAGCCUACACUAACAACACAGCUUUACUGUUGUGAUUGGACUAAUUUGGGGAUAAUCCGCACAUAUCCUUUAUGCGUAAAAGGUGGCAUUUUAGCCAUGCAUUCACUUCGCAAUUUAGCGUGCGGCAGUCUAAUGAGUCACAUUUUUAUUUGGAAAUAUGUAAGAUACACUCUUGAACGCAAAUGUCUUUACACUGUACAUUUCCACCGGUGAUCACUCUGAAAUUGUCUCUAUCUCGCGCCCCAUCCCCUUCUCUGUCUUUCUCAGUGAUGAUUCACUCUCUGCCGCAGCAAUGAGUAACCAAUUCAAAAACACCUCUUCCUCAACCUGGGAUAUUCAAGAAGGAGGGAAUUCCACGCCACCUCCAUCAUUCCAGUUCGAGCUGGAACCGGUGGCCAUAAGCGUCAACCCCUGGGAUAUAGUCCUGUGUGUCACGGGAACCCUAAUGUCCUGCGAAAAUGCAAUCGUCCUUGCCUUAAUUAUUUACACGCCCACCCUGAAAGCGCCCAUGUUCGUGUUGAUAGGGAGUUUGGCUUUCGCGGACCUACUGGCGGGGCUUGGUUUGAUAGUGAAUUUCACCAUCACCUACAUUUUUGAUACGGGAUUCGUGACGCUGCUAUCAGCUGGACUGCUCAUCACUGCUUUUUCGGCCUCCGUUCUCAAUAUCCUGGCAAUCACUGUGGAUAGAUACCUCUCCCUUUACAACGCACUGACUUACCACACGGAAAGAACGGCGAUUUUUACCAUCGUCACCCUGGUGCUCAUUUGGGUGACUAGCAUCACUCUGGGCGCGCUACCGAUCAUGGGAUGGAACUGCCUUGAGGAUGAGACGACUUGCAGCAUUUGCGCCCCCAUUGAUAAAAAUCACGCCGCCGCACUGGCGGUGACUUUUCUUUUUGUAUUUGCACUUAUUUUGCAACUAUACCUCCAGAUUUGCAAGAUUGCUUUUCGGCAUGCACAGCAAAUCGCCGUGCAGCAGCAGUUCAUGAAUACCUCCCACUCCUCCUCCCCCACCACUAAAGGGGUAUCCACCCUCUCCAUUAUCCUUGGCACCUUUGCAUUGUGCUGGAUCCCUUUCGCCAUGUACUCUCUGGUGGCGGACAUCGGAUACCCCCCUAUCUAUACCUACGUCACCGCUCUCCCGGCCAUUUGUCACUCUAUGAUAAACCCCAUCAUUUAUGCUUUCAGAAAUCCCGACAUUCAGAAAUCUAUGAGACUCGCGUGUUGUUGUGGAUGUGUAUCUUCCAACUUUUCUCUGAGACAAAGGACACCAAGUGAUGUAUAGGCAAACCUUUUAGUGUUAUAGCCUAACAAGUAGUUACAAGCACAUCACCAUUUUACUGACUAUGCCGAAAAGCUUUGUAAGUGUUUUGUUUUGCAUUUCAUGUGUAGUGAAUAACUGUCAUCUUGUUGCAUCUUUUACUGAUGAUAGCAUUAGGAUAUGCCUAUCUCUUCUCAAAAUAUAGCCGUUCAAUCUCUCUAAAAGUGGAUUGUGCCAGAGCUACCUGCACAGUAUUGAUGCACCUUUAAUAUGGAGGUAGUAGCCUUCACUGUAUAGUAAAGGCCUCAUAUUACACCCUUUUUAUUAUAAUAGAUGCGUUUAUAAGUGUACCCCAUUGGGCAGACGUCAAUUCAUUUGAAGUCAAUUUUAUGCCACGUUGGUUCAACGUUGAUUCAACCAGUGUGUUGCCCAGUGGGACAUGUCUUGUGCAGUUACUCGGUGUUGCUCAUAAAGUAUUCAGAGUAGUCUAGCCCCCUGACUCAAUAGGCAAAUACCUGUUCUGUGUCAGUACAAUAGGGGUAAGGAAACUAACUACUCCUAAUGUCACCGUAUUGAUUCGAUUCAUUGGGAAUAAUGUUUAUCAAAGGUUGUUGAAUGUUCAUCAGAAUGAUGCCAAAACGUGGUAGGCUACUGACUUACUGCGUCUCUGCACCUUCAAAACUAUGUUGAAACUGUCCCCUUAGUCUGUAAAACUUUGGGGCAAGUGAAAGUGAGCUGAUUUUGUGAUUAAUUAACGUUUUAUUACGAGGGAGAAAGGCUGGAAUGAGUGGACAGCUCUGUGUAAUUCAGCGCCUGCAUUUUCAGCACCAUUGACAGCGAAACGUGAGCUAUCGCCCACUCAAUAACGCACGCGUAUGCCUGGUUAUGCGAGCUAUGUGGCGUAAUCUGCCAUAAAUAAUACACCAGCAGUAGAGAAUAACCCUCACAUGUGUGCAUAUUGAAUUCAAGACAAAAACAGCAAAAUAGUGUCAGCCAAAGUUUUCCAAAUGAACGCGCCCAGAAAGUAUCACAUAUUCCCAGUGUGACAAGGCACUCUAAAUGUUUAAAGUGGUAAACUCCUUACAUUCGCCACACACAACACUACCUGCUUAUAAGUACAACAGUCCACGUGCAAUAUCUGUAUGCCCAUAGCCAACACACCCUCGGUAGACCUAACACAUCGACAUCUGAUUGGGGACAGAUGUCAUCAUAUCUUUUUAUUGCUUAUAACAUUGGCCAUUGCACAUGUUUUCACAACGAAUCAAUAUUUGUCAAACCGAGGUUUGUCUGUAGGGUGGUUGUACAUAAUAGGUGCAGUGCAUCUAAAUUAUGCCAAUAAUACAGUUUUGUUCUGCUGUUAUGGCACUCGUUCCAAUAGUUGGCAAACACCAAUUUUCUACAGAAUGUCUUCAUUGUUUUGCCUUACUAUGUCUCACUGGCAAUAAUGUAUAACUUGUGUAUAGUGAUAAACUGAAUGACAUUUAUAUGUUGGUUCUCAAUAGAAAGUGAUCAAUAUACGUAACGAAUAGCCAUUUGCCAGUUUAUGACUGUAUGGUACAGUAUGAGCAACUCUAUGAUUUCAAUAGUGUAUGGUGUACAGUACUUGAAUGAUAAUGCAAUGUCUGUUGUUUGAGAUGUGUGUGGAGAGCCCUUAGGCUCAUCUACUGCCUAUACACUAGUAGUUCAGCCAAAGAGCUGCUAUAAGCAAUCCACAAUAAUUGGAACCCUCAAUUUGAUAUUCUAUUAUUUCAGUCAACAUUGGAGGGACUAGUGUCUGCAACUAGUGUCAUCACUAUUGAAUUGAAGACGAUUUUGUGUGUGCUGCAAAGCUUUGCUUGUAGUAAUACUGUAUGGAAUGCUGGUGUACGAUUCAAAUGAUUCACUGUCACUCAUCCACCACAGUCAGCCUGAUUGAUUUAGCUAUAUAGUAUUCUCACAGGGUUUAGAAGUCCAUAAGGUCUUAUCAUAUUAAUAUAAAGCUAUAUUUUUAUAUAUUUAUUGAAAACAAUGUAUGUAGUUUGUCUAUCUUUUUUUAAAUAAUCAAUUAUUCAUGUUGUCUUAAAAAAAAACUACUUCAAUGUGUCUUGUUCAACUGGUUUAGAAAUGUAUUCAAGGAAUGAUUGUGUUCAUAAAUGACACCAAACGAUUGCAACACUACUGUCAAAGUUGUUUGCUUUCUCAAGAUCCUGGAGCACUCGUUGUGUUGCAUUGAUUACUUCUGUUCAAAACACUUCACCAUAUUGUCACCAAGACAGGGUUUUAGUUUAGGUUUUUGUAACAAAGGCAAUCAACCAAAUCUGUAGCAAGGAGAUAUCCAAACUAGGUGUCUGUGGAAAGGGUCAAUAAAUGUUUGUUUACCACUUGUCUGUUUGGGUCACUCAGUGGGGUCCUGGCUCGAUGCACCCUGGGACAGAUGGAGGCUCAGUGACCGCUGCCGUGUGUGAUGCCACUGCCUUUGAAGACAAACAGGAUCCAACAACAGCUAUCUGUAUCUGUCUGGUGUGA